AUGUUGCGCUCCUUUGCGGCCCGCUCGGGCUCGCGCCUCGGCGCCCUAUCGGCAUCGUCGGUCGCCUCCACCUCGCGGAGCGGUCUCUGUCAGGCAUCAGCUUCUCGCACUCUCACCCAGCUUUCACGGUCGCGAGCUCCCCAUCCUGCAUCGCGCACCGCUCUCCAGUCUGCACUGUCGACCUCUUUGACGAGAAGCAGCGCACGCCUCUACGCCACCGAGUCGGACAAGGACUCCAAGCAGCCAGAGAAGAAGGACAGCAAGGAUGCCGAGAAGAAGGACGAGGACGAUACCAAGGAGCGGCUAGAGAAGGAGAUCAACAAGGGACUCGAGGACGCGAAGAAGGGCCUGCCCGAGAGCCUCAAGGAGUUCUUCGACAGCGGCAACCAGAAGCCGCCAGCUUCGGACAAGAAGAAGGCGAGCGCGGACGCCGAGGAGUCCGGCGAUGGCGAAAAGAAGCCGAAGAAGAAGUCCGGCAGCGGAGCACAGGGCGGCGCCGGCGGGCCCCAGGGCCAGUACACCGAGAUUCGCAUCAACGCCAACACCAUCCUCGCCACUCUCGUCUCGACCUACCUCAUCUACCGCCUCACGUCGCCCGAAACUCCCAGCCGAGAGAUUACGUGGCAGGAGUUCCGCACCGCCUUCCUUGACAAGGGCCUCGUCGAUCGCCUCGUGGUCGUCAACCGCAGCAAGGUCAAGGUGUACCUUCAUUCGAACGCGACCGGCUCGAUGUACCCCUCUUCGAGCCGCGAGAGCGGCAGCGCCGCCACCGCUGGCGGUCAGAGCCACUACUGGUUCAGCGUCGGCUCCGUCGAGGCGUUUGAGCGCAAGCUCGAUGACGCCCAGCGCGAGCUCGAGAUCCCCGCCAGCGAGCGCAUCCCCGUCGCCUACCACGAGGAGAUCUCGACGGGCUCGACGCUGCUCCACUUCGCCCCGACGCUCCUCAUCGCUGGUCUCCUGUUCUGGAUGACGCGGCGGGCGGCAGGCGGCGGAAUGGGUGGUGGCGGCGGCGGCGGACCCGGUGGCAUCUUCGGCAUCGGCAAAUCGCGCGCCAAGAUGUUCAACCAGGAGACCGAGGUCAAGACCAAGUUCCGCGACGUCGCCGGCAUGGACGAGGCCAAGGAGGAGAUCAUGGAGUUUGUCAACUUCCUCAAGAAGCCCGAGAAGUACGAGAAGCUCGGCGCCAAGAUCCCACGCGGUGCCAUCCUCAGCGGCCCGCCGGGUACCGGUAAGACGCUGCUGGCCAAGGCCACUGCUGGCGAGGCCGGCGUGCCCUUCCUCAGUGUCUCCGGCUCCGAGUUUGUCGAGAUGUUCGUCGGAGUCGGACCCUCGCGUGUGCGUGACAUGUUUGCCAACGCGAAGAAGCACGCGCCGUGCAUCAUCUUUGUCGACGAGAUCGACGCCAUCGGCAAGGCGCGUGGCAAGGGCGGCAACUUUGGCGGCAACGAUGAGCGCGAGAGCACCCUCAAUGAGCUCCUCGUCCAGAUGGACGGCUUCGGCACCGAGGAGCACGUCGUCGUCCUCGCCGGUACCAACCGACCGGACGUGCUCGACCCUGCGCUGAUGCGGCCCGGACGUUUCGACCGGCACAUUGCCAUCGACCGGCCCGACAUCUCCGGCCGCAAGGACAUCUUCAAGGUGCACCUGCGCCCGCUGACGCUGCACUCGUCGACUAACCUCGACCUGCUGGCCGAGAAGCUGUCGACGCUGACGCCCGGCUUCAGCGGCGCCGAUGUCGCCAACGUCUGCAACGAGGCGGCGCUCAUCGCGGCGCGCGGCGGCGCCGAGGCCAUCGAGGAGCACCACUUCGACCAGGCCAUCGAGAGGGUCAUUGCCGGCCUCGAGCGCAAGAGCCGUGUGCUGAGCCCCGAGGAGAAGAAGACGGUGGCCUACCACGAGGCGGGCCACGCCGUCUGCGGCUGGUUCCUCGAGCACGCCGACCCUCUGCUCAAGGUCUCGAUCAUCCCGCGCGGCGUCGGCGCGCUCGGAUACGCCCAGUACCUGCCCAAGGAGCGCUACCUCUUCUCGACCGAGCAGCUCAUUGACCGCAUGUGCAUGACGCUCGGCGGCCGCGUCUCCGAGGAGAUCUUCUUCACCACCAUCACCACGGGCGCUCAGGACGACCUGUCCAAGAUUACGCGGAUGGCGUUUGAGAUCUGCGCCUCGUACGGCAUGAACAAGGAGCUCGGGCCGAUCUCGUACCGCACCGAGCAGGAGAGCAUGCACAAGCCCUACUCGGAGAGGACGGGCGAGAUGCUCGACUCCGAGGUGCGCAAGAUGGUCGCCGAGGCGCACCGCCGCACCACCGACCUCCUCACCAAGCACCGCGCCGACGUUGAAAAGGUGGCGCAGCUCCUCCUCGAGCGUGAGGUCAUCACGCGCGAGGACAUGCGCAACCUGCUGGGCGUCCGCCCCUUCAAGGGCGCCGACGAGGCCGACCAGUACCUCGACAAGAAGGGCAAGCUGCUGCGCAAGGGCGAGAACAGCGCGCCGCCGCCGCCGCCCGAGGACUUUGGCCAGCCCGAGCUGGCGGCCAAGGGGCAGGAGCCUCCGCAGGCGUAG